CUACCGCUAUUUUUUUGCAUUUAUGGCACAAAUUAUAUAUAUAUAUAUAUAUACUGAUAUUAGCAUUUUUCCACAUCAUAUUCAAAUCAUCUAGAAGGGACUUUGUUGAGCUUCACAAUACAUUUGAGAUACUUUUAGAUUAUUUGGACUGUACCAUGACUUGCAUGGGAUUUGUGCCACAAAUGUUAAAAACAAAGCAAGACAACUCGUAAACUCCGAACCUCAGAGUUCAAAUUUGUGUAAGUUUUUUGUGUAGAGCCUCCUAUUGGUUGAUUUUAAUACUUUCCAAGUGGGAAACUAUGACCUCAUCUUUCUACGAAUUUCCAAGUUGGACAUUUUAGAGUUUCCAAUUUCUGCGUUUUCUUGAACGCAGCGUUGCAGUGUAAGGAAACCAACGUGUAAUUUUGUAAUUUGGGUGAACUAUCCCUUUAAGUACAGUGAUGUUGAAUGAAAGGGAUACUGUGGGGAACAUGUAUGUAGUACCACCGAUUAACGUAAGGUGGCGCCAUGGUCUAAUAUAAAAGUAUAUAUUCGAGUUUACAGUUGGUAUUGAAAACAUCAUCAGCCUUGGCUUGAACACCGCAAACUCAAAUAACCGCAAGAGCGUGACAACACCAGCACGUUCUGGAAGCGUUUUUACACAAUUCUCUGCCAUGCAGCUUGGUACUUAAUGAAAGACUGUGCGCAUAGACUGCUCCAGUUGCCUUUUCUUGUUAGUUUUCCUUCGGUUUCCAAGACACAGCAUUGUACUUGUUUGACAGCGCAUCCUUGACCAGUUUGGAAUCGAACCCACGUUUGAGAGAUGGAAAAGGAAAAUAAACACGGAUCAUCACAUCAGUACGGCUCUCUGGAAUGCACUAAAUGGAAUACAGACAAUUCCAAAACAGAAGAGGACAUCGUCUCCAUGGCAGACUCCACCAUCACCAUAGAUGACAUCGAGGGAGAGCUGUUCAAGAUUGACAGGAUUCGAGAUGUGCUGGUCAGAAGAGAGUCAGAACUCCGAUACAUGAUGGAUGACAUUCAGCUGUGUAAGGAAAUCACUCGCCUCAAGAAGGAGCUCCAGAAACUGGUGUCCAUACCAGACAAUGACAAGUCCAACGAGGACAGACAGAAAGAGGAGGAUCUUCUCCAGCAGAUCCACAAGCUGGUGGAGACCAGAGAUUUCCUUGUUGACGAUGUGGAGUUUGAGAGGCUAAGGGAAAGGGAGGAGGACAAAGAAAUGGCUGAUUUCCUCCAGUCCAAGUUCCCCAGAAACUCCAAGAAGAAAGGUCAAAUUCCAGCCAGACGGCUAACGUCCAGGGCCCAGCAGACCUCGUCCCCCUUCACCAAGACAGGCCUGUCCCUACUGAAGGAGUGCUGUGGCUUCACCUGCUCCAUCAUGUAGGCCGGGCCCUCGGGGGCUCUACCAUGGAGCCAAAAUAGAACCCUGUUGCAUCACAGUUUCAGCUUUCCAACCCGAGUAACACUUGAAGUACGGACAGACAAGUAGGAGUAGGUUGGGUAUGUCGCCAGGAUGAGAUUAGUGGUGUUUUAUCUCCCAGUCUAUGCUGCAUCCCGUCUGGGCUGUGUUUCUCUUUCACUCCUUUGUUUCUCUCUCUCUCCCUGUCUCUCUCCCUUUCCAACCCUCCCCCUCUCUCUCCCUCCCUCCCCCUCUCUCUCUCUCUCGUUAGGGCUCGAGUCCUAUCUGCACUUCUAGUUGGGUUCUAUACCCAGUGUCCCCUCUCCGCAUCAGGCUCAUCCCCCAUGAGGCUGUGCAAUGAUCUUCCGUCGUCUGUAUCAGACUAUUCUCAUUCAUCAUUGUCAGAGUCCCUCCUACUGCCUCUCCCCACCUCUCAAUGGUGUCACCAAUGCUCUCAGAGCAGUUCAUUCUGGACUAUCUCAUUGGCACCUUUAUACCUAGAACCUGUCCCUUCAUCGAAAUUAGAUGUAAACGUAAUUUGCUUGAGUCAGAUAUUGCUAUCAAAUGAUGUACAAAGCUCUGCUUGUCUACCAGUGGCAGAUGUUAAAUAUUGCUGCCCCGGUGUAGAUGAUUAUUUAUGAUGCCUGAGACUAAACCCAACAGUGAAGAUGUACUGUACAGUAUUUUCUCAUUGGAACAUCAGACAUACAUCUCUUUAAGCCCUGUUUAGCCUCCUUAACUCUUUUACCUUUCAAAUUGCUGUAGUUGCCUUUGAACAGACUUCCCACUGGCUCACUAAUUCAUAGUCAGCGUUAAUUGACGGCAGCCUAAUCAUGCUGCCAGGUCAACGUUAGCCAGACAUGCAACUGAUGGGCUAAUUGAUGUUUCGUGAUAAGAGUAUGGUUUCGUGAUAACGUGACACUAACGUCAGUGUAACGACGUUCGUCUGUAGGAGGAGAAGCGGACCAAAAAGCAGCGUGGUGGUUAUUCAUGUUCUUUAAUGGAAAACUGAACGAUACAUG